AUAUACAACGAUGACAUCGUUGUAAAGAAAAAUACGCGAAACCGUUGCGUAGAGUUUAACAGAAAUAAUCUAGUGUUCAUACAUUUUCUUUUUGAAUUGAUUAAAGUUCUCAGAUAAAGUUUAACAAUUUGUGACUAUUUGAAAUGUUUUAGCAUCUAUAUUGAAUCAAACCAUUUAGAUCGUGUAAAUUACGAGUUUGUUAUUAAGUUUACAUCGAUAAAUAUUCAUAUUUUCGUGCAGUAAUCUAUUCGAAAAUCGAUUUGGAUGAUAUUAUUAUGUAGAAAAUCGAUUCCUGUCUACUAAACAUCCAAAGAACAUGGUAGCUGGUACAGGAAAUGGUUCAAUUUAUCACGAGCGUCAGGUCAAAGAACUCUGUGCUCUGCAUGCUUUAAACAAUCUGUUUCAAGAACGAGGUUACAGUAAACAAGAAUUAGAUCAAAUAUGCUACAGUUUAAGUCCAGAUGUGUGGAUAAAUCCUCACAAAUCAUUGCUUGGACUGGGUAAUUAUGACAUUAAUGUCAUAAUGGCUGCGUUGCAUAAAAAAGGUUGUGAAGCUGUUUGGUUUGAUAAACGGAGGGACCCAAAAUGUUUACAUCUUGAAAAUAUUCAAGGUUUCAUUCUCAAUAUACCAACAGACUAUAAAUUAGGUUUUGUUUUAUUACCUUUAAAAAGACGUCAUUGGGUUGCUUUGAAAAAAAUCCAGGGUGCCUUUUAUAAUUUAGAUUCUAAACUUGAUUCGCCUCAACUUAUCGGAAAGGACAGUGAUUUAUUAGCUUACCUAAAAGAACAAAUAGACAGCAAGGAAAAGGAACUAUUUCUAGUUGUAUCCCAAGAGGUAGAUAGUAAACAAGGAUGGCUUAUUGAACCAAACGAAACCAAAACUAUGACUGAUAAAACAGAGGAAUCAAUCAAGAAUGAUGAUAAUAAAACAGAGACUGAAAAUAAUACCAUAAAUACAGAUUUAAAUUUAAAUAAUUCUGAGAAAGAAGAAAAUGAAAAUGAAGACAUAUGCAGUGACCAAAGUCCUAGGUAGUUCAACUGUUAUUAAAUUAUGAAAACUGCUGAUGGAACUGAACUUGUUUAUGAUGUAUGUAUUAGUGUUCAAAUAUCAUGACAGUUUGUACGAUAAAACUGCAAAUGUCAUGUAAAUGUUAAAUCUUAAAAUUGAGUAAAAAGUUACAUUUGCUGGAAAAAUUUUUUUAUAAAAAUGUUAAAAUUAUAAUUAAUAUCAAACGAAUUAGCAGCCUACUCAAACUUUUGUAUAGUCAAAUUUAUAAAAGGUAAAAAUGCUAUCAAAAUGAAUUGUAUAAAUGGUAUUUAAAUCAUAAUUUUUUUAUUUUAACAAUGAAAUAUCAAGGAAUCAAUCUACAUAAACAUUUCUAAAUAGUCAUGAAACAAUUGACUGUGCAACCAAAAUAAUACAACAGGAAUUACCAAAAUUUUAAUAGAUAAUAAAAAAUCGACGCUACUAUUAGUUUAAUUGUAUUUCAUUCAUGAUUCAUUUCUAAAGUGAAAAAUGCGCACAUUUUAUCU